UUAUAUAUUUGGUCACAUACUCACAUGUAACACUAAUCAAAUCUCUAGGACGUACGAAAAAGAAUUACGGUACUCCGUAUGAAAACUAGAUACGGUCUCCUAGGGUAGAAUAUACAUAGUCCUCCGUAGCAGAAAUACUCCGUACUAAAAAUUCACACAGUGUGCGGGAGUCGCCCAUACAGAGGAGAGUCCAUGCCCCGAAAAUGAUACGUGCAAAGCAAAUCGGGACAUUAUCCCAGUCUGCUAGGUCCCUCAUCUUAAACGGAUCAAGAUCGGGUGCAGCAGACGGUUCAUGUGCUUGUUCGGAAGACGACACGUGCGCUUCAAGAAGGAUUCAAACGAAGAAGGAUGCUGAGCGUCGAGAAGCCUCUUCGUCUUCAUUUACAAAGCCUACGGGUGGAGUAGAUUCCUCUAUUUCAAGAGAUGCCAUAAAAGCCUUGAGCUCCCAGAAGAAUGAGAAGUGUGAAUAUUCGGUUUCUCAGCCAAAAGUUGCACCUUAUUCGAACCCAUCAAAGAGAGCAGAUUGUGUUAGUAGUUAUGGGAGCUUGGAAGCUUCAGACGGAUUGCAUUCAUCGCCUCCCAUUUCUGACCAGUUCGUUAGGGCAGGUAUUGCAGCGGUCAAUUUUUUAUCAGAUUUGGUACAUUAUAAAAUUCCAAUGUCAGAUGGCGCAAUUAAAUCAUCACCAGAUUGCAUUGUUGAGCACACCGAGCCUUUUUCUACACCUAAGCCCUCCUCAACUGCAAAAUCUUUUGGUAAAGGUUAUGCAAAAACCCCACCUGCUGUAACUUCAAGUCCUGUAAAUAGUUGCAGCGGCACACCAGGCAGAGGUUCAAAAUGUAAUUCUGUUACAAAUGAUGGAACAGCUGUUGAUGUCGAUACACAUGACAAAAGGAUGACAUUGUGUGCAAACUCUAGACCAUAUUAUUCAACAUGUGAUGAUCAAGCUUCAAAUGGAGAGCUUAUAAUAAAGGAAAGGCCAAAAAGGUUGUCUCUUCGGGAGACAAAGAAUGGUCAUCAUACUGCAGAUACGGUUUCUCGCGUCUUACAACAACAUAUGCAUUGGGGCCCAGAGACAGAAGAUGCUCUUUCUAAACUCAACCGCCCACUGGAUGCCUAUCAAGCAAACCAAGUUCUCAAGCGGCUCCAAAACCAUGCGCUUGCACUCAACUAUUUCUAUUGGUUGAAAUGCCAACCAGGGUUCAAACACGACGAGCACACCUACACGACCAUGGUUGGCAUCCUUGGGCGAGCCAAGCAAUUUGGGGCAAUAAACAGAUUGAUCAGCCAGAUGGUGGCUGAAGGGUGUCAACCAAACGUGGUGACGUAUAACCGGAUCAUCCAUAGUUAUGGACGGGCGAACUACUUGAACGAAUCAUUGCGCGUGUUUAACCGAAUGCAGGAAGAAGGGUGUGAGCCUGACCUUGUUACCUAUUGUACCCUCAUUGACCUCCACGCGAAGGCCGGAUAUCUUGAUGUAGCCAUGGACAUGUAUCAGAGGAUGCAAGAAGCCGGGCUGUCUCCUGACACCUUCACUUACAGUGUCAUCAUCAAUUGUCUUGGGAAAGCGGGUCAUUUGGUCACGGCUCAUAAGCUGUUCUGUGAGAUGGUCAACCAAGGGUGUGUCCCAAACCUGGUGACUUACAAUAUCAUGAUCGCCUUGCAUUCCAAAGCAAGGAACUAUUCUCAUGCACUCCAGCUUUACCGCGACAUGCAGGAAGCUGGGUUUCAACCAGACAAGGUGACUUACAGCAUUAUAAUGGAGGUUUUCGGGCACUGUGGGUAUCUACAUGAAGCCGAGGAGGUGUUCAUGGAGAUGACGAGGAAUAACUGGGCACCCGACGAGCCCGUGUACGGUCUUCUGGUCGAUCUUUGGGGAAAAGCGGGCAACGUGAAGAAGGCAUGGGAGUGGUAUCACGCCAUGCUCUGCGCAGGACCCGACGGGCAGAACGUGCGGGACCACGUCACCCGUUUCUUGGAUUUCAUGCACAGCGAGGACCGGGAGAGCAAGAGGGGGCUCGUGGACGCCGUGGUCGACUUCCUGCACAAAUCCGGACUCAAGGAGGAGGCGGGGUCCGUGUGGGAGGUGGCCGCAAUGAGGAACAUAUACCCGGACGUGGUGAGGGAGAAGAGCUCGUGCUACUGGCUCAUCAACCUCCACGUCAUGUCCGACGGGACCGCCGUCACGGCACUGUCGAGGACGCUGGCGUGGUUCCGCCGGCGGAUACUGGUGCUGGGCAUCCGCCCGAGCCGGAUCGACAUAGUGACGGGGUGGGGGCGGAGGAGCAAGGUGACGGGGACGUCGCUGGUGAGGCAAGCGGUGCAGGAGUUGCUAGACGUGUUUGGUUUUCCGUUGAUCAAGGAGAAGGGGAACUCUGGGUGUUUUGUGGGGUAUGGUGAGGCCCUUAACACAUGGUUGCUCCACCCUUACGUUGAGCGAAUGCAUUUGCUGUAAUAUCACGAAUUAACCGCACCAAAAUGGGAUGCCCUAUUUAUACACAAGUCUUCAAAGACUCACACAAAUACUCGCGUAUCUGUCUGUGAAAGCUUGGUGUACAAAUGGAGUACUCAUUUUAAUAUACUCUUACCAUUGCC